CAACCCUCUCCCCUCCCUGACUCGCUAGUUAGAGCGCGCGCGACACGACAUGUUCCACAAACUCGUCCUCCUGGGCGCGAUCCCUUUCGUCUCCGCCUCCGUCUGGCCGCGCGAAAAGGCGUCGUCCUACGCGGGCUCGACCGCCACCUUCCAGUUCCCCCCUGCGAACGUGACCGCGACUGUCCCGGAUCUCCACUACCCUGACGCCUCCCAAGUCGGGUUCGCAGGACCCACUCCCACCGGGGACGAGGCCGCUGCAGUUGCAACCGCACCCUCGCUCGCCAAAAUCGAUGAUGCAUAUCCCCUCGUCAGGCCCGACACGUCUGACCACAAGGGCAGCACUUUCAACGUCCUCAAGUACUGGGGCAACCUCUCCCCCAUGUACUCUGUCGACUCUGCCGAGUUCGGUCUCCCUGGCGCCUCGGAACUCGUUCCCGAAGGGUGCAGCCUGACUCAGGUUCACCUGCUCCACCGCCACGGAGCUAGAUAUCCCACUUCUGGCUCCUCGCCUGCCAAUUUCGCCGCGAAGCUGCACAACGCGUCAGCGGGCGCCGGAUUUGACGCGACGGGCCCCUUGGAGUUCUUGGCAACGUGGGAGUUCAAGUUGGGUGCUGAGAUCUUGACACCUUUCGGCCGGGAGCAACUGUAUGCUCUUGGUGUUGGUUCCCGGGUCAAGUACGGCGAGCUCCUCAAGGGCUUCAGCGACUUGCCUGUGUUCCGUACGACCUCGGAAGCGCGGAUGGUCGAUUCUGCCUUGCAAUUCGCUGCCGGUUUCUUCGGCGUCCAGUCCUACCAGACCAGCUACCACCAGGUCAUCGAGAUCGAGGAACCUGGAUUCAACAGCACGCUCGCGCCGUACGACAACUGUGAAAACUCAAACAACGCGGUCGAGGAGUUUGGAUUCGUCCAGGCGGGCAAGUGGGGUGCGAUCUACACUGUGCCCGCCACCAAGCGGCUCUCAAAAUACCUGAAGGGCGUCAAUUUGACCUCCACGGACAUCCUUGCGAUGCAGUCUCUCUGCGCCUACGAGACGGUCGCACUCGGGUACUCCGCCUUCUGCAAUCUCUUCACAGAGGAUGAAUGGAAGGGCUAUGAGUAUUACAACGAUCUGGUCUUCUGGUAUACUUGGGGGCCCGGAAACCCCGCGGUUGCCGCUCAGGGUGUCGGCUGGGCUCAGGAGCUUCUCUCUCGCCUGACACAGACGCGCAUCACAUCUUUCGACACGUCCGUGAACGGGAGCAUCGUCUCGAGCAACCUCACUUUCCCGCUCAACCAGCCUAUCUUCGUCGAUGCCACACACGACACCAUCAUCUCUGCCGUCGCCACGGCCAUGAACUUCACGAGCCUCUCCAGGUCUGGUCCUCUACCGACGGAUCACAUUCCGAAGGACCUGAGCUGGGUCACCAGCCAGAUCUCGCCCUUUGCAUCGCGCCUCGUCGGACAGGUGCUCUCCUGCCCCGCCUCGGAUACGCCCACGCACAUCCGCUUCAUCCUCAACGACGGCGUCGUCCCGCUCACGGGCAUCAAGGGCUGCACGAAGAACAAGGACGGCCUCUGCGCGCUGGACAAGUUCGUCAGCGGGCUGAAGGCGCGCGUCGCGGAGAUCGACUACCAGUUUGACUGCUUUGCGAACUACACGGUGCCGGUGCCGGACACGAUCGUGGACGGGCGGUACCCGCCGGCGCUGAGGAAUGGCACUGCGUGAUCGUGUGCUCGCUGGAUAAAAGGACGAUGUAUGUCGGCGUUCAUCUUGGGCUAUAAUCAGUUGGACUUUGUG